UCUCAACCAAAUCAUUUUACACCAUCGAAAUAAUAUCCUCAUUAAAUGUGUUCCCUCAAUUAUUUGAUUCAUUAAUGUGACACUUAUAAGAAUUUGACUUAGGACUUUGAGAAAUACCUCAUAUACAUAAUCAUAAACUUAUAUGCAUAGCUUUGCUAACUCAAAAAAAAAAACAGAUCCCUUCUUUGCAUAGUAAGGAAGAUAUUAAUGGAGAGUCAUCGUGUGUUCGUUGCCACUUUUAUGCUGAUACUUCAUCUUGUUCAAGCUCAAGAUCAACCCGGAUUCAUCAAUGUGGAUUGCGGUUUACUCCCUCGUGAUUCUCCUUACAACGCACUCGGAACCGGUUUAGUAUAUACAUCAGAUGUCGGUUUAGUUAGCAGUGGGAAAACUGGUAAAAUCGCCAAGGAAUUCGAAGAGAACAACAGUACACCGAAUUUGACAUUGAGAUACUUUCCAGACGGAGCACGAAACUGCUACAACUUAAACGUGAGCCGUGACACCAACUAUAUGAUCAAGGCUACAUUCGUGUAUGGAAAUUACGAUGGUCAUAAAGAUGAGCCGAACUUCGACCUUUACUUGGGUCCAAAUUUAUGGGCAACGGUAAGCCGCAGUGAAACUGUUGAGGAGAUCAUCCAUGUGACGAAAUCCGAUUCGUUACAGGUUUGUCUUGCUAAGACGGGAGAUUUUAUACCUUUUAUUAAUAUCUUGGAGCUACGACCAUUGAAGAAAAAUGUGUACGUUACAGAAAGUGGCUCACUCAAGCUCUUAUUUAGGAAGUAUUUUAGUGACUCAGGUCAAACGAUAAGGUAUCCAGAUGAUAUCUAUGACCGUGUAUGGCAUGCAUCCUUCCUGGAAAAUAAUUGGGCACAAGUAUCGACGACUUUGGGUGUAAACGUUACUGAUAAUUAUGAUUUAUCACAAGAUGUAAUGGCAACGGGCGCAACACCUCUAAACGAUAGUGAGACAUUGAACAUUACAUGGAACGUAGAGCCUCCUACUACAAAGGUUUACUCCUACAUGCACUUUGCAGAGCUUGAGACACUAAGGGCCAACGAUACAAGGGAAUUCAAUGUGAUGCUGAAUGGAAAUGACUUGUUUGGACCUUACAGUCCAAUACCGCUAAAGACCGAAACAGAAACCAACUUAAAACCAGAGGAAUGCGAAGAUGGGGCAUGUAUUUUGCAGCUUGUGAAGACGUCAAAAUCAACUCUUCCGCCUUUACUUAAUGCUAUAGAGGCUUUCACCGUGAUUGAUUUCCUACAAGUGGAGACAGAUGAAGAUGACGCUGCUGCUAUCAAGAAUGUUCAAAAUGCUUAUGGAUUGAUUAAUAGAAGCAGUUGGCAAGGAGAUCCAUGUGUCCCCAAACAGUAUUCGUGGGACGGUCUAAAGUGCAGUUACUCAGAUAGUACUCCACCAAUAAUUAAUUUCUUAGACUUAUCUGCAAGUGGACUAACCGGGAUCAUCGCGCCUGCCAUUCAAAAUCUUACUCACCUAGAAAUAUUGGCCUUGUCAAAUAACAAUUUGACCGGAGAAGUACCUGAAUUUCUAGCUGACUUAAAAUCAAUCAUGGUCAUAGACUUAAGAGGCAAUAACCUCAGUGGCCCGGUUCCUGCCUCACUUCUUCAGAAGAAAGGAUUGAUGCUACAUCUUGAUGACAAUCCCCAUAUUCUUUGCACAACUGGUUCAUGUAUGCACAAAGGAGAAGGCGAAAAAAAGAGUAUCAUUGUACCAGUGGUUGCAUCAAUUGUUUCAUUGGCUGUUAUUAUAGGUGCACUCAUUCUGUUCCUUGUUUUCCGAAAGAAAAAGGCAUCAAAAGUUGAAGGGACACUACCAUCUUACAUGCAAGCAUCAGAUGGUAGAUCGCCGAGAUCCUCUGAACCAGCAAUAGUGACGAAAAACAAAAGGUUUACUUACUCACAAGUUGUGAUAAUGACAAAUAACUUCCAAAGAAUCCUUGGGAAAGGAGGGUUUGGAAUCGUUUAUCAUGGCUUUGUGAACGGUGUUGAACAAGUAGCUGUUAAGAUACUCUCUCAUUCAUCAUCUCAAGGGUAUAAACAAUUCAAAGCUGAGGUAGAACUUCUUCUUAGAGUUCAUCACAAGAAUUUGGUUGGUCUUGUUGGGUAUUGCGACGAAGGAGAGAACAUGGCUCUUAUCUAUGAAUACAUGGCCAAUGGAGAUUUAAAAGAACAUAUGUCAGGAACAAGAAACCGAUUUAUUUUAAAUUGGGAAACUAGACUAAAAAUAGUCAUUGACUCUGCGCAAGGGCUUGAGUAUUUGCAUAAUGGAUGCAAACCACUAAUGGUACACAGGGACGUCAAAACUACAAAUAUAUUGUUAAAUGAACACUUUGAAGCCAAACUUGCUGAUUUUGGGCUUUCAAGGUCUUUUCCGAUUGGAGGUGAAACUCAUGUGUCAACAGUUGUUGCUGGAACUCCUGGAUAUCUCGAUCCUGAAUAUUACAAAACAAAUCGGUUGACAGAGAAGAGUGAUGUAUAUAGUUUUGGGAUUGUAUUGUUGGAGAUGAUCACAAAUCGGCCAGUGAUAGACCAAAGCCGUGAAAAGCCAUAUAUUUCAGAAUGGGUGGGGAUAAUGCUUACGAAAGGAGACAUCAUUAGCAUUAUGGAUCCAAGUCUAAAUGGAGACUAUGAUUCUGGUUCUGUGUGGAAAGCUGUUGAACUAGCAAUGUCUUGUCUGAAUCCUUCUUCAACAAGAAGACCUACCAUGUCUCAAGUUCUUAUUGCAUUAAACGAAUGUUUGGUAUCUGAAAAUUCAAGGGGAGGAGCGAGUAGGGACAUGGACUCAAAGAGUUCCCUAGAGGUAAGCUUGACAUUUGAUACUGAUGUGAGCCCAAUGGCUAGGUAGAUUACAUGAAAUAUUAUCAUGCGGUAUCACAUAAAUUUGUUUAUAUGUUUUUAUUUACAGAACUAUCCUCAAAUUAGUAUCUCUCUUAUAGGCCACCUUUGUUAAUGAACUCUGAACUUUUUGUCAUUGAUACAUGUGUGAAUAACAGUCCAAAGUCUAUUAUUGUUCCGCCGUAAUGUAUCAGUUUCAAAUCAGUGCAUUUUUUGUUUGGAGAAUUUAGAUUUACUCUUGUUCUUGAUUACUAUUGGAACACCUCCACUUCGGAAGCUCCUACGUUGGAAUGAAAUCACCCAUUUCUAUGUAAUAUAGUCUCCACCAUUUUUACCAUAGGGAUAAUCUAUCAUCAUUUGACGAUUUAUCCUUUUCUUUGAUUUCACACCAUUUAAACAAACUCUAAUGCGGAUUAUUUAUCUAUAUAUUUGGCUCGAGUUAAAUUUUCAGAUUUUUAUUGGUAAUUUUCUCUCUCUUUUGAUUGAAUCACCAAUAGUAAAUCUUGAUAUUUCAAUUUAAUGUUGUAGUUAACAGAAAUAAUUGUGUGAUUCUAAGACUUUCACGUACUUAGUUAGAAAAGCAAAAAACUAGAAUCAGUGGAGAACCUUGGAAUUAUGACAAAAUUGAAGGAGAUGUACUAGAAAUAGACAAAUGUAACUUUUGUUAUAAAUACUCGUAAGCUUUGUUCAUGUUUAUUAAACUUUUAAAACAUCAACAGUUUUUCCAUUGAAAAUGAGAAGUAAACCCAAUCCUCUCUGGGCCACCAUUAUCACUAUCUUCACCAUCCUUGUUAUAGGUUUGUAAUUGUAGUUACAUUUACAACUAUUUAAAUGUUUUUUGAACAGCGUUUAAAUAAUUUAUUUAUUAUCAUUCGAAUCUAAAUUAAUUGUCGAAAACAUGUUAUUUUUCUCUAUAUAAACAAAUUCAAUUAUCUUAUGUUAAUUUUUUUUUUAUCUAAAA